AUGCCGGCCAUUGUUAGGCAAUGGUGGAAUAGUGUAGACAAGCGUCAAUCUGCUAUUGCGGACAAAUUCACCACUUCCCACAUAACCCCACAGCUUUGCCAGCGCGAAAUGCAACUGGUUCAAAACUCGUCGAUCUGGUUUGACAACAUGCAGGUCAAGGCCAGACCCAAUGCCCGCGAGGGGGCCGCGGUUUAUGCGAUUGAGGAGAUCUCUUUGGAGCUGGUAGUGAAAUUGGCGCCAAACCAUCCACUGGGAGUGGUGUCUGUGGAGAGCGGUUAGAAGAUCGGAGUGACAGCAGCUCAAUGGAGAAGCUGGAUGCUUCAGAUGACAACGUUUCUUACACAUCAGAAUGGAAGCAUAAUGGAUGGCCUCAUUCUGUGGAAACGUAACGUUGACAAGCGUUUCGAGGGCGUAGAAGACUGCAUGAUCUGUUUCUCUGUCAUUCAUGGCAGCAACUACUCUCUUCCUAAAUUGAGCUGCAAAACAUGCAAGAAAAAAUUCCAUUCGGCCUGUCUUUAUAAAUGGUUCAGCACCAGUAACAAUGCCACUUGUCCACUUUGUCGGAAUCUUUUCUAAUCCUUAAACUUUCGAAAGUUAGCAACAUGUAUUAAUAGGGACCUUAAGCAACCACGACGGCGACGGCAACGGCAACG